AUGUGUUUGUUCUUACGACUCCUUCUAAUUGUUUUUAUAAGCACUCAGCUCUUAAAAGAAGCAGCAACAACAACAAACACAAAAGUAACAAAAUCAACAGCAGUCACGACUUUUACAAACACAUCACAAACAGCAAAAUCAGAAAUGGAAAUAGGUACAAAUGUAGCACAAACAAGCCUUCCCUCCGUGAACGAAAUCACUUCAACUCAACCAAAGUCACCAUCUUCAGGAUUUUUACAGAUACCAUCGUCUUCCCAGUCGGGAAAAACAGCACAAUUGGUAUCUACGACAAUACAUACAACAACAAUAACCCAGAGAUUUUCUGCUCCGUCAAGUUUGCAAAUCUCCACUGAAAACCGAACCAUACCGACGAGAACGGCGACAGAAAUGAACACCACGUCAAGUGUAAACACAGCAACAACCGCUUUCCCACAUAUACAUAACACUCUCAUCUCGUCUUCAACGAGCUGCAAGUCCCGGCCAGAGAGUGUUUCGCAGUCGACACCCUCUGCAGAUCUCAAUGCAACACAAAGUAAAGCGUCAAGCUACAUAACUGGUGUUCCAAACCCAACGCUGUCUAUCAAUUCAAGUUACGCAACGUCGCUAAUGAUCUUCCCAAGCUCAAACGCCACCACAACUCAAGCCGUACAUUUUACAAGCGAUCAUUCGACGAAAGAGUCUUCUUCUCUUCUGGUCGCUCCUCUAACUACAGCACAGACAAGCUCUCUCUCCGUGAAAGAUAUAACCACAACUCAACGAAACGCACAAUCUUCAGUCGUAUUACAUAUACCAUCGUCUUUCCAGUCGGGAAAAACAACACAGUCGGCAUCUCCAACAAUAAAUGCAACAACAGCAGGCCAAAGACUUUCUCCUUCGUCAGGUUUUCAAAUCUCCAGUAACAACCAAACCACAAUGAACACCACGUCAAGUGUAGACGCAAGAACAAACGCCGUCUCAAACGCACAAAACGCUCUCAUCUCGUUUUCAAUGAGCCGCAAGUCCCGGCUAAAGAGUGUUUUACAGUCGACGCCCUUCGCAGAUCUCAAUGCAACACGACGUAAAGCUUCAGGCUACACAACUGGUGAUCUUAACCGGACGCUGUCUCUCCAUUCAAGUUACGCAAUGUCACCUAUGACAUUCACAAAGUCAGGCGCCGCAAAAACUCAAGCAGUGUAUUUCACAAGCGAUCAUACAAUAAAAGAGAGUUCUUACCUUCUGUUCGCUCCUUCAACUACAGCAUCAGAAAACUCUCCCUCCGUGAAAAGCACCACCUCAACCCAACAAAAGUCAUCAUCUUCAGGAGUAUUACAGAUACCAUCGUCUUCCCAGUCGGGAAAAACAACACAAUCGGCAUCUACAACAACAAAUGCAACAACAGCAACCCAAACAUUUUCUUUUCGGUCAAGUUUCCAAAUUUCCAGUAACAACCAAACUAGACCGAUGACAACCGCAACCGCAAUGAACACCACGUCAAGUGUAGACGCAGGAACAAACGCCGUCUCACAUGUACAAAAUACUCUCAUCUCGUUUUCAAUGAGCCACAAGUCCCGGCCAAAGAGUGUUUUACAGUCGACACCCUUCGGAGAUCUCAAUGUAACACAAAGUAAAGCUUCAAGCUACACAACAAGUGUUCUUAACCGGACGCUGUCUCUCCAUUCAAGUUACGCAAUGUCGCCUAUGACCUUCACAAAGUCAGAUGCCGGCACAACUCAAGCCGUGUAUUUCACUAGCGAUCAUACGUUGAAAGAGAGUUCCCCACUUCUGGUCGCUCCUUCAACUACAGCAUCAAAAAGCUCUCCUUCCGUGAACGGUACCACCACAACUCAACAAAAGUCAUCAUCUUCAGGAGUAUUACAGAUACUAUCGUUUUUCCAGUCGGGACAAACAACAAAAUCGGCAUCUACAACAAUAAAUGCAACAACAGCAACCCAAAGAUUUUCUCCUUCGUCAAGUUUCCAAAUCUCCAGUAACAACCGAAGCAGAUCGAUGACAACGGCAACCGCAAUGAACACCACGUCAAGUGUAGACGCAGGAACAAACGCCGUCUCACAUGUACAAAAUAUUCUCAUCUCGUUUUCAAUGAGCCGCAAGUCCCGGCCAAAGAGUGUUUUACAGUCGACACCCUUCGAAGAUCUCAAUACAACACAAAGUAAAGCUUCAAGCUACACAACUGGUGUUCUUAACCGGACACUGUCUCUCCAUUCAGGUUACGCAAUGUCGCCUAUGACCUUCACAAAGUCAGGCGCCGGCACAACUCAAGCCGUGUAUUUCACAAGCGAUCAUGCGUUGAAAGAGAGUUCUUCCCUUCUGGUCACUCCCCCAACUACAGCAUCAAAAAGCUAUCCCUCCGUGAACGGCACCAUCCCAACUCAACAAAAGUCAUCAUCUUCAGGAGUAUUACAGAUAUCAUCGUCUUUGCAGUCGGGACAAUCAACACAAUCGGUAUCUACGACAAUAAAUGCAACAACAGCAACCCAAACAUUUUCUCCCUCGUCAAGUUUCCAAAUCUCUAGUAACAACCAAAGCAGACCAAUGACAACAGCAACCGCAAUGAACACCACGUCAAGUGUAGACGCAGGAACAAACGUCGUCUCACAAGUACCAAACACUCUUAUCUCGUUUUCAAUGAGCCGCAAGUCUCGGCCAAAGAGUGUUUUACAGUUGACACCAUUCGCAGAUCUCAAUGCAAUACAAAGUAAAGCUUCAAGUUACACAACUGGUGUUCUUAACCGGACGCUGUCUCUCCCUUCAAGUUACGCGAUAUCGCCUUUGACCUUCACAAAGUCAGGCGCCGAAACAACUCAAGUUGUGUAUUUCACAAGCGAUCAUACAAUAAAAGAGAGUUCUUACCUUCUGAUCACUCCUUCAACUACAGCAUUAGAAAACUCUCCCUCCGUGAACGGCACCACCCCAAGUCAACAAAAGUCAUCAUCUUCAGGAGCAUUACAGAUACCAUCGUCUUCCCGGUCGGGACAAACAACACAAUCGGCAUCUACAACAACAAAUGCAACAACAGCAACCCGAACAUUUUCUUUUCGGUCAAGUUUUCAAAUUUCUAGUAACAACCAAACUAGACCGAUGACAACCGCAACCGCAAUGAACACCACGUCAAGUGUAGACGCAGGAACAAACGCCGUCUCACAUGUACAAAAUACUCUCAUCUCGUUUUCAAUGAGCCACAAGUCCCGGCCAAAGAGUGUUUUACAGUCGACACCCUUCGGAGAUCUCAAUGCAACACAAAGUAAAGCUUCAAGCUACACAACAAGUGUUCUUAACCGGACGCUGUCUCUCCAUUCAAGUUACGCAAUGUCGCCUAUGACCUUCACAAAGUCAGGCGCCGGCACAACUCAAGCCGUGUAUUUCACAAGCGAUCAUACGAUGAAAGAGAGUUUUCCCCUUCUGGUCGCUCCCCCAACUACAGCAUCAAAAAGCUCUCCCUCCGUGAACCGGACCCCCACAACUCAACAAAAGUCAUCAUCUUCAGGAGUAUUACAGAUACCAUCGUCUUUCCAGUCCGGAGAAAAAGCACAAUCAGCAUCUACAACAAUAAAUGCAACAACAGCAACCCAAAGAUUUUCUCCUUCGUCAAGUUUCCAAAUCUCCAGUAACAACCGAAGCAGAUCGAUGACAACGGCAACCGCAAUGAACACCACGUCAAGUGUAGACGCAGGAACAAACGCCGUCUCACAUGUACAAAAUAUUCUCAUCUCGUUUUCAAUGAGCCACAAGUCCCGGCCAAAGAGUGUUUUACAGUCGACACCCUUCGAAGAUCUCAAUACAACACAAAGUAAAGCUUCAAGCUACACAACUGGUGUUCUUAACCGGACACUGUCUCUCCAUUCAAGUUACGCAAUGUCACCUAUGACCUUCACAAAGUCAGGCGCCGGCACAACUCAAUCCGUGUAUUUCACAAGCGAUCAUGCGUUGAAAGAGAGUUCUUCCCUUCUGGUCGCUCCCCCAACUACAGCAUCAAAAAGCUCUCCCUCCGUGAACGGCACAGUCCCAACUCAACAAAAGUCAUCAUCUUCAGGAGUAUUACAGAUAUCAUCGUCUUUGCAGUCGGGACAAACAACACAAUCAGCAUCUACAACAAUAAAUGCAACAACAGCAACCCAAACAUUUUCUCCCUCGUCAAGUUUCCAAAUCUCUAGUAACAACCAAAGCAGACCAAUGACAACAGCAACCGCAAUGAACACCACGUCAAGUGUAGACGCAGGAACAAAUGCCGUCUCACAAGUACCAAACACUCUUAUCUCGUUUUCAAUGAGCCGCAAGUCUCGGCCAAAGAGUGUUUUACAGUUGACACCAUUCGCAGAUCUCAAUGCAAUACAAAGUAAAGCUUCAAGUUACACAACUGGUGUUCUUAACCGGACACUGUCUCUCCCUUCAAGUUACGCGAUAUCGCCUUUGACCUUCACAAAGUCAGGCGCCGAAACAACUCAAGUUGUGUACUUCACAAGCGAUCAUACGAUGAAAGAGAGUUCUUCCCUUCUGGUCGCUCCCCCAACUACAGCAUCAAAAAGCUCUCCCUCCGUGAACGGCACCAUCCCAACUCAACAAAAGUCAUCAUCUUCAGGAGUAUUACAGAUACCAUCGUCUUUCCAGUCGGGACAAACAACACAAUCGGCAUCUACAACAAUAAAUGCAACAGCAACCCAAAGAUUUUCUCCUUUGUCAAGUUUUCAAAUCUCCAGUAACAACCAAACCAGACCAAUGAGAAAGGCGACAGCAAUGAACACCACGCCAGUUGUAGACGCAGGAACAACCGUCGUCUCACAUGUACCAAACACUCUUAUCUCGUUUUCAAUGAGCCGCAAGUCUCAGCCAGAUAGCAUUUUGCAGUCGAGAACCUCUGCAGAUCUCAAUGCAACACAAAGUAAAGCUUCAAGCUACACAACUGGUGUUCCAAACCUAACGCUGUCUAUCAAUUCAAGUUACGCAACAUCAACGAUGUUCUUCACAAACUCAAGUGCCGCCACAACACAAGCUGUGUAUUUCGUAAGCGAUCAUUCGCCGAAAGAGAGUUCUACUUUUCCGGUCGCUCUUUCAACUACAGCACAAACAAGCUCUCCCUCUGUGAACAGGAUCACCCCAACUCAACAAAAGUCACCAUAUUCAAGAGUAUUAAAGAUACCAUCGUCUUCCCAGUCGAGACAAACAACACAAUCGAUAUCUACAACUUUAAAUGCAACAACAGCAACCCAAAGAUUUUCUCCUUCGUCAAGUUUCCAAAUCUCCAGUAACAACCAAACCAGACCAAUGAGAACGGCGACAGCAAUGAACACCACGUUAAGUGUAGACGCAGGAACAACCGCCGACUCACAUGUACAAAACACUCUCACCUCGUUUUCAACGAGCCGCAAGUCUCAGCCAGAGAGCGUUUUGCAGUCGAGACCCUCUGCAGAUCCCAAUGCAACACAAAGUAAAGCUCCAAACCACACAGCUGGUGUUCCAAACCGAACGCUGUCUAUCAAUUUAAGUUACACAACAUCCCCAUUGAUCUUCACAAACUCAGGCGCUGCAACAACUCAGGUCUUGUAUUUCACAGGCAAUCAUUUGACGAAAGAGAGUUCUUCCCUUCUGGUCGCUCCUUCUACUACAGCACAAACAAGCUUUACCCCCGUGAAUGGUAUCACCCCAACUCAACAAAAGUCUUCAUCUUCACGAGUAUUACAGAUACAGUCUUCUUCUCAGUCGGGACAGGGGAACAUCGACGCAGGAACAACCGCCGUCCCACAUGUACAAAACACUCUCAUCUCGUUUUCAACGAGCCGCAAGUCCCAGCCACAGAGUAUUUUGCAGUCGGCACCCUCUGCAGAUCUCAAUGCAACACAAAGUAAAGCCUCAAGUUACACAACUGGUAUUCCAAACCGAAAGCUGUCUAUUAAUUCAAGUUACGCAACGUCGACGAUGAUCUUCUCAAACACAGGCGCCACCACAACUCAAGCCGUGUACUUCACAAGCAAUCAUUUGACGAAAGAGAGUUCUUCCCUUCUGGCCGCUCCUUUAACUACAGCACAAGCAAGCUCUCCCUCUGUGAACGGUAUCACCCCAACUCAACUAAAGUCACCAUCUUUAGGUGUGUUACAGAGACCACUGUCUUCCCGGUGGGGACAAACAAUACAAUUGUUAUCUACGACAUUAAACCGAAAGCUGUCUAUCAAUUCAAGUUACGGAACGUCGCUGAUAAUCUUCAAAAACUUGGGCUCCGCUACAACUCAAGCUACGUAUUUCAGAAGCGAUCAUUCGACGAAAGAGAGUUCUUUACUUCUGGUCGCUCCUACAACUACAGCUUCUUCCACAAAGCUGACCUCGACAAUCUCAGUUUCAGUGUCGCUUAACUGGACAGACUGGUCCGUGGACUCAAGUGACUGUCAGCGGCACUGUUCAAAUGUGGGAGGAACUGUGACUGCGAGUCGUCAUUGCUAUUCUCAUACAGUGACGUUCAAAGAAAGCAUCUGUACCAAAUACAGAACCUUAACUCAAGUGUUUAAAUGUGGCCAACCACAUUGUCCAAUCUCAGGAACAACAUUGUUAGGAUUGUCCAUCUCAACAGUGGUAGUCGGGACUUUGCUUCAUAUGUUGCCGAACUUUUUCGGGGGUUAAGACUUCAACGAACUUUAUAACGUCAACGUUUGUGUCUUGCUCUCUUAGCAUGAGGGUUUGCUUUAAAGAGUGUGGGAGAGUCAUGAUCGCAGAGGCGUAGACAAAAUGUAGUUUAAAUUUCUUAGACUAUUUUAAGACCUCUAACGUUUAUAUUUAUAGUAUAGUAUCAUGAGAAUAGUCAAGAGAUUACAAAUGUCUUGAUGGUAUAAAUGUUUUUAUACGCUUUAUAAAAAAACGAUGUAGUGCUAGAUGAUACUUAGCAAGAAAAAAAUAAGUUUUUACAUUGAGUCAAUAGUUACCGAGUUAUUGUAACGUGCAAAAAGAGAAGAGAAAACACCAAAUCUACUUCUGUUAACCAUCCCAAUUCAUGAAGAAAGGGAAACAAUCAUAUUCACUUCAACAGAAAAAAAUGAGCCUUAGCUAUGGACGGAACGUCUGAACAUACAAGUAUUCAAUACUACGAUGAUUUCUCAAGGCCAGUUCACGUAUAUCAAACGUUAAUGUCUCAUUUUACCAUGAGGAUAAAGAGUGUAGGGAUGCAUUUUGACUAGCACAUUGUAAUACUCGGCACUGUCAGAAAUUGAUGUUUCAAGGCGGUUUUUGUCUCUAAGGUUCAAACCGGUGUUCUGAAGCUUAAC